CUGCCCAGACUCCGGGGAGGCAUGCGGCACUCAGCUGACUGACUGAAGGGGAAGGGACUUCCUGUAGCAACAUGGCGGCGCCGGAGGGGGCCGGAAGUGGCUGCGACUCCAGGGCUUCUCCGACCGGGGCUAUGGAGAGGGUGCUGCCCGUGUUGUUGGUGCCGGUCCCCGCCGAGACCAGAGCGGGGCUGGGGCCCCGGGCCCAGCUACACCGGGAGCAAGGUGCGCUGGGUAGCCUCACGGCCUCGGGCAGCCUCCAGCUCCUGUCAUUAGCUCCUGGCGGCCGCGGCGGCCGCGGCUGCAGCCUCGCGGGUCCCUUCCGGCACUUUGUUUGGGAGAAUUCCCAACCCAGUGACCCACCAACAGACAAGCCUAAACUUCUGACUCUCAGUGAUAAUAAUGAACUGUUUGUCUAUGAGUUCAAGAUAAAGGAUGGAAAAUGUGAUGUUACUACAUUAUGUAGCUGCAGUGGGGAGAUGUUAAAAAAGUUAAUUGAAGAUAAAAACAUUAGAAUUUCUUCUUUACUGUAUAUAAAAAUUCUGUCAUUUCAAAACACCUCAUCAUUGCUGCUCAUCAACAGAUGUGUUGUCCUACACGUUGCAUUUCCUGGGAGAGAUACUGAGGUCAAAACCCUCAACUGCUUCAGUCUGGCCUUACCUCCACAGGUCUUGGAAAAGAUAACUGAUUCACAACUUUGCAGAGGGUUUCUUUUUGUUUUGGAUAGUUCUGGUUGGAUUUACAUUUUUGAUGCUGCAGAUGGUACAUAUCUUGCUCAGAUGGAUCUAACCCGUCAUCAGGCUGAAACGUGUGAUGAACAGCUAACUGAUAUAUCUUCAUUUACUACCAUGAAGGUGUCUCAGGAGCUUGAUGUGGUAGUUGUUAUCAGCUGUUCUGGUUCUGCAAUUGCUGUUGACUUAAAUGUCUAUUUCAGGCUACAUCCGGAACACAUACUAUGUGAGAGAAAGCUAGAAAAUCUUCGCAUCAAAGUACCUCAAGGAAUGGAUGAAGAUGACCCUGCCAAUUCAGUUUACAACAUGAAACUGACCAGGUUUUCAUUCCAGGUCGAUAGAUCCUGGAAAACUCAGCUAUCUGAAUUGUACAAUUCAACAAAGAAGCCCAGGUUAAAACUUGUGAGUUGUGUGCCUUGGUUCCAGGAUCUUCUUCAUUUUGACCCUUCUGAAUCUAGUAGCCACCCUACACAGGAACAGAUUUGGACCUUCAUUCCACAAGACCUAACUCGUGUCCAACACAGCCACCCUUGGAGAGAUCAUGUUAAGUCAGAUGAUUUAAAGAAGUUGUGGAAGGUAAUGCCCAUUGGAGAGCAGGAAGGAAUAGCAAAGCUCAAGUGUGUGUCCGUGACAGGAUUCACUGUUCUUUUUACAUGGUUAGUAGAAAGUACAGGCUGGACAGUUGUUCUGUGGGACUUGGAGACACAGAAUGUGCAUCGUGUUUUCCUUGGCAAAAAUUGCAUUCCGGUGGACUGCAGUGAAAACCAGCAAUUGUGCCUUGUUUUGACAGAAAAUGGACUCUCUCUGAUUUUGUUUGGUUUGACUCAAGAAGAGUUCUUAAAUAGAUUAAUGAUCCAUGGAAGUGCCAGCACUGUUGAUACUCUUUGUCAUCUCAAUGCUUGGGGAAGAUGUUCAAUCCCUAUACAUGCAUUAGAGGCCGGGUUAGAGAACCGUCAGCUGGAUACAGUAGACUUCUUUUUGAAGAGCAAGGAGAAUCUUUUUAAUCCCUCUUCCAUUUCUUCUGAACCUGACCAAUCUGCCAGGCUUCCAUCUCACUUAUAUUUGAAAAGUGUGAAAGAAUUGAUCCCAGCUUUGGAUUUGCUUUGUUCAGCUAUACGAGAGAAUGAUUCUGAAACCCAAAGCAAACACUUUUCAGAACAACUGCUGAAGCUCACGUUGUCUUUCCUCAACAAACAAAUCAGGGAAAUCUUUGCCCACACUGAAGAGUUAGAUGAACACUUGCAGAAUGGUGUGGAUAUAUUGACCAAUUACAUUAUUGAACUUCGAACCUUCAUGAUAAAAUUUCCUCGGAAACCAGCUGAUUCUGUAAAUGUAUAUAUAGAUGAAGAUAUCCCCAGAAUAAAUGAGAAUGAAAUGUGGAGGAAGCUCACCCCUGAGCAAGUUAUUGCCAAUGCCAUUUUAAACAACAAAAUACCAGAGGCUCAGACCUUUUUCAGGAUCACUAAUCAUGCUGCUCAAAACCUUGACAAACUGAUUCAAAUUGGAUUACAUCUCGUCUUUGACAGACUGCUAAAGAGCAAUAUCAAAGAAGCUUCUGAACUCUUAAAGAAUAUGGGCUUCAAUGUAAAAGACGAGUUACACAAAAUAUGUUUCUAUACAACUGAGAAAAACACACGGGACUUUUUGGUUGGCAUUUUGAAAGAAGAAAAUUAUUUUUCUGAAGAAGAGAAGAGAACUAUAGAGUAUGUAUAUCAGGUUGAAAAAUUGUAUUCAGAACCUCUCAAAGAAAAUAAAAAGACCCAGCCUUGCAGUUUCAGGAGCUGGAGAAAGGAAGAUGAUUUUUCUAAACACAGAUCUGUUUUAGACUUCUUAAAAUUCAGUGAAAAAGAUGAAAUUUGUAAGCAGGAUCAUGGAAUUAUACUAAGCUGGGCUCAGUGGUGGGAAUCUCUGACCCGAGAAACCAUUCUUCUUCCCAGGAGAUCUACAGAAGAACUCAAAUCUUGUUCUCCUCAAGUUCUCUGGAUGCAUAUCACAGCUCGCCAUGACUGGCUAAGCAUUUUCUCUUGGAUGGAAGAAUUGAAGAUUCAAGAUGGUUGUGUUUCACUCCAACAGGCUAAAUGGCCUCAUUUGACAGUAGAUAUUAUUGAUCACCAUACGUGCUGCAAUAACUACCUGAGAAAUGAAAUCUUAGAUAAACUGGCCAGACAUGGAAUUUUCCUAAAAUCUGAAUUAGAAGAUUUUGAACUCUUGCUCUUAAGACUAAGCCGAAUUGGGGGUGUGAUGCAGGACCCACUUCCUGUUCAAAAUUAUACAUCCUGUGAUGGUUUAGAUUUCCAUGCUCGCUUUCUUCUAUACUGUUUAGAGCAUAAUCUGCAGCAUCUGCUCUAUGUCUACCUUGAUUAUUACAAACUUAAUCCUUUGAAUUGUCCCUUUUUGGAGAAAAAAGAAUUGCAUGAAACUUAUCCUUGGUUUGAAUUUUUGGUUCGGUGCCGACAAGUUACUAGUAAUCUGACAGAUCCCAAACUAAUUUUCCAGGCCAGUCUUGCUAAUGCUCAGAUUCUGAUUCCCAGUAACCAAGCCAGUGUGAGCAGUAUGCUGUUGGAAGGCCAUACCCUCUUAGCCCUUGCCACAACAGCAUAUGCUUCUGGAGGCCUUAGCCAGGUUGUUCAGAAAGAAGAAGGAGAAAUCUGUUUGAGGAAGGUGGAUCCCCAGCUUCUAAAGAUGGCCUUAACUCCUUACCCCAAGCUCAGAGCUGCACUCUUUCCGCAGAAUGCUGUCCCUAGUAUCCUGCCCCAUGACAUCACCCUCUACCACCUUAUUCAGUCCUUGUCUCCCUUUGAUCCCAGUAAGUUAUUUGGCUGGCAGGCCACCAAUACUCUUGCCAUUGCAGAUACUUCAAGUGAUCUUCCUCAUUUCUCUAGCUCUGACCUUGUAAACAAAUAUGCUAUAAUGGAACGUCUGAAUUUUGCUUAUUAUUUACGUCAUGGUCGACCAUCAUUUGCAUUUGGUACUUUUCUUAUUCAGGAAUUAGCCAAAAGCAAGUCUCCAAAACAACUGAUCCAGCAAGUUGGAAAUGAAGCCUACAUGUUGGCACUUUCCUUCUUUCAUAUGCCUUCAGUAGGGGCUGCUUGUGUGUGUUUCUUGGAAUUGCUUGGUAUUGACAGCCUUAAACUUAGAGUUGAUAUGAAAGUGGCCAGCAUCAUUUUGAGCUACAAAUGUAGAAAUGAAGAGGCUCAGUAUAACUGUAUCAAGGAAUCCCUGGCUGAAAAACUAGUUAAACUGGCUAAUGGUAAAAAAGCAGCAACUGAAGAAUUGCUUAGUCUCUUAGAAGAAGGCAUAUGGGAUAGUAUUCAACAACAAGGAAUAUCGAGAACCUCCAGUGAAUCAGGUCGCCAGUGGGCAUUGGUGGUGCAGUUCUGUAGGCUUCAUAAUGUGAGGCUGAGCACAGCUUACCUAAAAGAGUGUUCUAAAGCCAAUGACUGGCUACAGUUUAUUGUGCACAGCCAGCUUCACAAUUACCCCCUGGAGGAAGUCAGGUCCCUCCUCUGCUACUUCAGCCCAAUCCUUCAGGACCAUUUGCAGUUGGCUUUUGAGAACUUAUCUUCAUUUUCAAACUCCAAAGUACAUGAUAGACAGACUUGUGGCAGACCCCUUCAAGAGACUCAGAGGAGACAAGAGGGGAUCUCCAUUGAUUUAUUUCAGAUUCUGCUUCAGUGUCCUGAGGCACCAAAUUCCUGGCGUUAUCUUCUGGCGGAAGCCAUGAGACAACGGGCUCCCAUCCUAAGCAUCCUGGCCUCUUGUUUCAAGGAUGCUAAUGUUGUUCCAUGUCUGAGUGUUUGGAUCAUCACUUCUGUGGAGGAUCGUGUUGCUGCUGAAGCAACAAGUCAUAUUCAGGGCUCUGUAGAAGAUCAUGAAUGGGAUCUGGAGGACCUUUCGCUUAUCUGGAGAAUGUUGCUAACAAGAAAAAAGAGUAGAACUCUUACCAGAAGUUUCCAACUUUUUCUGAAGGAUUCUGCUUUGCUGUUAAUGAUGGAGAUUUAUGAGCUGUGUAUGCUCUGGAAGAACUACAAGGGCGCCAAAGCCAAACUGCUAGAGCUCCAAAAGAAUCUUGAAACGAUUGAAAAAGCAGAUAAUACCGCCACUCUUGCUAUACCUGUGCUAUGGCUGAAAUGUCAAGUCAACUUGCUUUGGAAGCUUAUGUUGCAGCAGUGCAAGACCCAAUAUGAGCUACGUAAACUGUUACAGUUGUUUUCCGAAAUAGAUCAUUUUACUGACGGUCCAGAUGUAAAGAAGCUGUGUUUGCUCAGUGAGAUUUUGAAGGACACAUCCAUAGUUAUUAAUCAUUCCAUUAUAACCAGUUAUAGCACUGAGAACUUUCAGGAGGAAUGUAGAUCCAUUGUGGAAAGACUGCAGACAGAAGGACAAUUUGCCCUGGCUAGGAAGGUUGCAGGAUUAGCUGAAUUACCUGUGGAUAGUUUGGUUAUUGAAGAGAUAACUCAGGAGAUGCAGACCUUAAAACAUAUUGGUCAGUGGUACCUGAAACAAGCAAGAAUUGAAUUCUGGAAAAAAUGUCAUGAGAAUUUUAAGAAGAAUUCCAUUUUUAAAAAAGUAGCAUCUGAUUUUUUUUUAGCCCAGGCCACUGUGACAUCUGAGUCCUCAGCUGAUAAGAAACAAUGCAACAUUAUGGAAAGACAUUUGCUGCUUACUCUGGCAGGCCAUUGGCUUGCCCAGGAGGAUCCUGUACCCUUAGGAAAGCUAGAAGAGCUGGAGAAGCAGAUCUGGCUUUGUCGUAUCACCAAACAAAUCCACUCUAGUGACCAAGAGGUGGUUGAAUCAAGGCUUUCUCGACAGAUUUCAACUAGUGGUGACCUUUCCUUUGAUAGCUUAGCCACUGAAUUUUCCUUCUCCAAACUUCCUGCCCUGAAUGCCUCAAAAUACUUAGAGAUUAAUGGCUUUCCCUCUAAAGAAGCCUCUGAGAGUAGACUGGAUAAGAAUGAGGCAGAGUCGCUAAACUUUCUAAUUGGACAUCUGUUAGAUGAUGGUUCUGUUCAUGAAGCAAGCAGGAUUUGCCACUAUUUUCAUUUCUAUAAUCAAGAUGCUUUCUUGGUGUUGCACUGUAGAGCACUGGCCUCAGGAGAAGCUAGUAUAGAUGAUUUGCACCCAGAAAUCCAAGGUAUCCUUCGAGACGCUGAGCUGCUGCUAGAGAAGGAAGAGGAGCAAGUUGGAGUUCCAAUUAGGAGGUUUCAGAGCACCUCAAGUCUGGAUAGUCAGUCUUUCGUUGUGGUCACACAUGGUGAUGAGAUUGCGCUCCAUUUGGAGACUUUGAUUAGCAGAUGUCUUCAUGGAAAGAACUACUGCCGGCAAGUCCUUUGUCUGUAUGAACUUGCCAAGGAGCUGGGCUGCACUUACCGGAAAAUCUCUGUCCAGGACAGUACUUCUGUGCUCCAAGCCAUCCUGUCCUCCCAGCAGUCUGACCGCUGCAAGCGAGCCCAGGCUUUCAUCACAACCCAAGGCCUGACAGCAGAACAGGUGGCUGAGCUUGUGGCUGAAGAGGUGAUGAGGGAGCUGCUGGCUGCCUCAGCAGAAAAAGGACAGAAGCAAGUGUCCAGUCCAGCAGAGGAAGGCCUGAUGUUUCUCCAGCUGACAGCUCUCUGCCAGGAUCGCACCCUGGUGGGCAUGAAGCUGCUAGAUAAGAUUUCCUCAGUCCCCCCUGGGGAGCUGGCCUGUACUACAGAGUUAUUGAUCCUGGCCCAUCAGUGUUUCACUCUGACCUGUCAUAUGGAAGGCAUUAUCAGAGUCCUGCAGGCGGCUCGGCUGCUCACUGAUAACCAUUUAGCCCCUAAUGACGAGUACGGACUGGUGGUACGCCUCCUGACGGGCAUUGGAAGAUACAAUGAGAUGACCUACAUAUUUGACUUGCUGCACAGGAAACACUACUUUGAAGUUUUGAUGAGGAAAAAAUUGGACCCGAGUGGGACAUUAAAGACAGCCCUGCUAGACUACAUCAAGCGCUGCCGCCCAGGAGACAGUGAGAAGCAUAAUAUGAUUGCUCUCUGCUUCAGCAUGUGCCGGGAAAUUGGGGAGAACCAUGAGGCAGCUGCCCGCAUCCAGCUUAAGCUCAUCGAAUCCCAGCCCUGGGAGGAAUGUGUCAAGGAUGGGCCUCAGCUGAAACAGCUGCUGCUGAAAGCCCUGACUCUGAUGUUGGAUGCGGCGGAGAGUUAUGCUAAGGAUUCCUGUGUUCGUCAGGCUCUGCAUUGUCACCGGCUUACGAAGCUGAUAACAUUACAGAUUCAUUUUCUAAAUACUGGCCAGAACACGAUGCUCAUCAAUCUUAACAGGCAGAAUCUGACAGACUGUAUCAUGGCCCUGCCUCGAUUUUAUCAGGCCUCUAUUGUGGCUGAGGCCUAUGACUUUAUCCCAGAUUGGGCUGAAAUUCUUUAUCAACAAGUGAUUCUAAAAGGUGACUUCAAUUACCUGGAAGAAUUUAAGCAGCAAAGGUUAUUAAAAACCAAUAUAUUUGAAGAGAUUUCUAAGAAAUUUAAACAGCGGCAGCCAACUGAGACAGUCACAAAAAACAUGAAAAAGCUACUCUCAUACUGUGAAGAUGUCUACCUGCAUUAUAAUUUGGCAUAUGAUCACAAGUUUUAUGAUGUUGUAAAUAAGCUUCUCAAGGAGCCACAGACUGGAUGUUGUCUGAAUGACAUGUUGGCAAGUUAGACCAAGACUGUUUUCUAGCAUGUUUUGCAGUGGGCCUGUAAUGGAAAUGGGUUCUUUACAGAUACAGGUGGCUUACCUGGAACUGCCCUGGUAUGUCAACACAGAACAGUUUCUGUCAUUCAUAAAUAAAUAUAUAUCACUAACAAGA